AUGGCCUCUCCGACCAGCAAGGCCGAUUUCAAUGAUGUUUUUCAUACUGUUCUGCAGUCCGUUUUAUCCGAGACCAAGGCAUACGGUGUCCCGGAUGUGACAAUUGAGCGUUUGAAAAAGUGCAUGGAAUACAAUACAAGGAAUGAACGAGUGUUCCAAAGCCGGCUUGUCCCCGACACGGGAAGCCUGUUGCUCGGAAGAAGCCUGACUCAUGAUGAACUGGUGGACCUGAGCGUCCUAGGCUGGAUCAUCGAGAUUUGGAAAGGGUACAUCUAUAUUGUGGAUGAUAUCAUAGACGGGUCCCAGACACGCCGCGGGCGCCCAUGCUGGCAUCUCCUACUGCCAGGCACUGGGCUGCAAGCUCUGAACGAUAGCUGCAUUCUCAAGUCGCUCAUUUUCCUGGUACUCAAGCGGUUUUUCCACGACACCCCGACCUACACGCGGCUGGUCGAGGCCAUGCAGGAGAUUACCUACCUCACCGAGCUGGGCCAGGACAUGGACAUCAUUAUCUCGCAGCAGACGGACCCGGCGCUGUGGACCUGGGUCGAGUACGAAUCCAUAACCACUCUCAAGUGCGGAUAUGCUGCCUACUAUCAGCCCGUGGUGUACGCGCUUCACUACCUCGACCUGGCGACGCCGCACAAUGUGAAGCAACUCAAGCAGAUCCUGCUCCCUUUGGGGGUGUUGCAUCAGAUGAUCAAUGAUUUCCUGGAUAUAUUCGGCGAAUUUGCGCAGACGGGUAAGUCAGGGACUGAUAUCGAGGAGAAUAAGUGUUCUUGGGUCAUUAUCCGUGCACUGGAAAUGUCUGAAGAUGAGCAGCGACUUUAUCUUCGGAAGCACUAUGGCCGUUGUGGAAAGACCGAAGCUGACGAAAUUCGGGUCAUUUUUCGCUCCCUUCCAUUGAUUGAAGCCUUCGAUCAGGAGCAGAAACAGAGAGUGAGCGAGAUCCAGACAAUGAUCUAUGACCUGGAUGAAAGCGAGGGUCUCCGCAAAUGA